AUGCAGAUACUUCUAAAAAGCAACAAGAAAGCUGCAUUAAGCACUAUCGGCGCGGUUGGAGGGUUUGGGGUGAUUGGAGGGGUGGUGGGUGCUAGCGGCGUUGCGGAUGGAGGAGGUGGCUGUGCGGGAGGGGGUGGUGCUGCGGGUGCUGGUGCAGGUGGUGGUGUGGGCGUGGGUGAUAAUGCUGGUGGUGAUGGCGUUGGAGGUGGUGGUGCAGGUGGGGCCCCUGGAGGUGUAGGUGGUGGUAUUAGAGCGGGUGGGGGCGUUGUUGGUGGUGCUGGAGUAGGAGGGUGUGUUGGUGCUGUUGGCGGCAUUGGUGGUGGUGGUGUUAUUGGUGCGAGUGGCGGAAAUGGUGGUAUUGGUGGAAUUGGGGGAGGUGCCAGUGCAGUGGCGUCAUUGGUGGUGGUGUUGGUGAGGCGGUGGCAUUGGCGGUGGUGUAGGUGGGGGGUGCUGGCGAGGGUCGGUGUCUUUGGUGGUGGUGCAGGUGCAAGUAGCGGUGUUGAAUUUGGCGGUGGUGCCGGCGGCCAACUAUGA